AUGUAUUAUAUGUUAAAUAUGGAGUCUCUAAUUCUGCUGUUAUUGGAUUCUAAGGCACACGUAGAAAAUAUUUCAAUUGUUAUCCCAACACAUAAGAAAAAAUUUGUUUUAAAACUUAAAAAAAACAGUGAAUUAAUUUCAAAUAGAUAUAUUUCAAGAACUCUAUUGCCUACAGGCUUCCAUUCAAAAAAGAUAUCAAAAGAUGAGUAUUAUGCUCAACAUUGCUACUACAAUGGUCAUAUUGAAGGAGACCCUUAUUCCAUUGCUGCUGUCAGUACUUGUGAUGGCAUCAGUGGCCUCAUUAUAAAAGACGAUGGAAUAUAUCACAUUGAGCCAACUGGGAACAGUUUAGACCCAACACUACAUUACUGGUACAAAAAUAUGACAGAUGAAACAGCGUCACAUUGUGGUAAUGAUGCCCAUGAUUAUGACCAUAAAGAUAUUCAUGAAUUAUUUUCAAGAAAUCUCCUUAAACGGGUUCGCCGAAGCAUCAGAGGACCAUAUGGGAGCAAUAAAGACACAAGAUAUGUGGAGCUUUAUCUUGUUGCUGAUAGUGACACACACAAUCAACACAAAGACAAAAUGGAAAGAAGAUUAAUCAAUAUUGCAAACACAGUGAACAUGAUAUAUCGGCCCUUAAAUCUUUACAUUGGCCUUGUUGGUGUUGAGAUUUGGAGAGACCCAUCAAAUAUACCUAUUAACAUUGAGCGUGGAGAUCCUCAGGAAACCCUUACGAGGUUCUUACAUUACCGCCAACAACGAAUAAACCCAGUUCAAUUGAACGACAAUGCACAGUUGCUAGUAGGUUUCAAGUUUGCUAAUGGCGUUAUUGGCAAGGCAUCGCAGGGGAAAAUAUGUAUGCAUCAAUCAUCUGGUGGAGUCAAUAGUGACCACUUUCAUUCUACAGUGGCAAGCGUAGCUAUGACAGUAGCUCAUGAACUUGGACACAAUUUAGGAAUGCUCCAUGAUCGUGACACCUGUGUCUGCCCAGGAGAAUCUACCAAGUGUAUCAUGGAAGCAACGAGUGGUGAUAGAAGCUCUCCAAAAUGGUCAAGUUGUUCUAAAGAAGCAAUAAAAGAAGCCUUUGAGAUGGGCAUGGAUUAUUGUUUAUAUAACAAGCCUGAAUCCUUGUUUUACACAUCAUGCGGAAAUAACUUUGUUGAAGAUCUUGAAGAAUGUGAUUGUGGAUUGCCAGAGGUAUGUGAUAACAAAUGUUGUGACCCUAACACUUGUAAACUGAAAGGCAAUGCUGUAUGUGCUACAGGGAAAUGUUGUAAUCUUGAUACAUGUCAGCUGCGUCCCUCAGGAACUGCGUGUCGGCCUAGAGAAGGAGAAUGUGAUUUAGAUGAAUACUGCACAGGGAAAGGUGAAUAUUGUCCGGAAAAUGUAUUUAUUCACAAUGGACGGCCAUGUUCUGGAGGACUGUCAUACUGUUACAAAGGACAGUGCAAUACUCACACAAAACAGUGUCGGUUGCUAUGGGGAGAAACUGGCAGAGUAUCCGAUGAUAUUUGCUUCACUAAUAACGUACUUGGCAAUGUCAGUGGUAACUGUGGUUUCAACUGGCAGACAGACAGAUACACAGCUUGUGCAGCGAAAGAUGUUCGUUGUGGUAUGCUUCAUUGUGUUCACAAAAAUGAAAAACUAAUGUUCUGGAAAGAUAACCUUGCUAAAAAAUUUCCAACAUCAUUCAAAGAUGCUGGUAGGACAAUUGAAGUAUGUCGGGCAGUAAUUUUGGAUGUAGGCCUUCAGAUGCAAGACCCUGGAUUGGUACCAGAUGGCUCUAAAUGUGGUGAUGAAAAAAUCUGUGUAGAGCAACAGUGUAAACCACUGCAGAAAUUAGGAUUUCCUGAUUGCCCUAAAGGAUGCAAUGGACAUGGAGUGUGCAAUAGCCGUGGGAAUUGCCAUUGUGAUGCUGGCUAUGGACCCCCUUACUGUGACAAAGAAGGGAAGGGUGGAAGUGUCGACAGUGGAAAUGCUAACCUAGAAAAAGAAAGCCCCGUUGUGACUAUCGUGCUGGUCAUUCUAUUUUUGGUUGUAAUUAUUUCUGUACUUGUUUGUGUCUAUCUACGAAGAAAUUAUCUCAUUCAGUGUUGGAAAAAGAAGAGCAAUUUCAAUAUGCAUUUUCCUCCUGCACUAACAAAUUUAAAACUGCCUAAAGUUCAGAUACCCACAAGAACAGAUACAAAUCGACAAAGUCGGACAAGCCGACUGGGCCCACCCAUCUCAAAACCAAUGUUGACUCACAGUACCAAUAGCAAUUCUCAAGCAUUAGUCACACCUGUUGAAGCUCCACAAGAUGCUUAUAUUCCAAAAAGAGAACCACGAUCAGCUGCUCGACCACUUAGUGCUAUUAUGACAAAAGACAUUUCCAGUCCAGUACUCCUUAGUACUACUAAUCGCCGGUCAGCAGCAUUUUCUGAACAAAAUCUCCCUAAUAUACACACAGCAGACAUCAAGGGUGGAUUGGCUACAACAAAACGUCCAGUGAAAUUGCGUCGCAAUCAUUCUGAUCGUCCCCAAAAGCCACCACCCCUGAAGCCUGAUGAAAGUCGUCAGUUUGGAACACAAUCUCCAAAAUUGCAUCCUUUAGAGAGAAAUAAUAGAGAAAAUGCUGUCUCUCAGCACCUUCUUGGCCAAGAUGAUGAGAAUGCUUUAUACAUGAAUACAUCUUCAGAACCCCCAAAUAACAGUUCCAGUAUUGAUCACAACAGUAAUCAUGCUGUUUACCAUAACAUGACAUCUCCUUCCUCACUCAAGAGAACUAAAGAAAAACCUCCACGACCACAAGCACGAGCAAUGACUUCAAAUCUUGUGAGAUCAGAAUCGAACCCCACCCCAUCCAAAAGAGAUCACAAUCCUGAGCCUAAAACAAGGGAAAUUUCCAAACUCACACAAACUUCUCCAUCAGCAUCAACAGCUGAUAAGCCAGUUCCUGUUCAAAAGAAUUUUGUUAACCUUAAUAGAUCAGAAUCUGAUCCACAGGCAAAAAGUUCUUUAACGCCAGCACAGUUAGCCAAAGCUGGACUGAAGCCUGUUGGCAGCACUACAAAAAAGGAACAUAAAAGCCCACCUCCUUCUACGGUAACAAAGCCUGUCAGAUCACAACGAAUAACUAGUCCAACUCGUUAUAACCAACCGCAGUCGUCACCCAAAGAAGACAAACCCGAUUAUUCAGACUCAAACAAUACAGAAUCAAAGAAAAAAAUCAGUGAACUGAGACAAAUGUUCGAUUCUAAGAUAUAGAAUUGCUCAAUAUAUUAUUUACUUUUUUUUUUUUUUAGUGGAUAAAAAAAAGAGAAAACAAAUAUUGAUUUUAUUUGCCUUUUGAAACUUGAGAUGAAAAAUUUAUUAAAAGAAAAACUAAUAAACAAACAGAUGGAGAAUAAAUCACUAUUGUAAAUACAAAACCAGAUGCAAAGAAAUGGAAAAACAUUCCAUUAAGGCUGUUAUGGUAAUCAGCAUAAACUGUUAUGGUGUUCAGUAUAAAAACGUAUUUUAAGCGGUCCUGGCCAAUUACUUGAUAAAAACUAAUCGUUUUUUUUUUUUCUUAAAAAACUGUUCUUCAAAAUGCUCUGCAUUGCCAAAAUAUAUUCAAGCAUUUAAAUUUGUUAUUCUUUCAUGUCCCGUGACUUCUUCAAAUGUGAUUUAUGAUCAACAAUAUCUUUCACAGCUACCAGCUUUAAAUUUUGUUAAAUUACAGAGACUAAAAUCAUACCAUAACUAUAUGCUUCUGUUAUCAUCCAACUCAGGUGCAUACAGUUCCUUUUAAAUCUAUUUUUUUUUUUUUGUAAUUGUUUUUAUUUGUAUGUGUAUGUGAGAGAAAGAGAGACAUUGCGUGUGUGUGCGCAUGUGUGUGCCUGUAUGUGUAUGUUUCACUUCACUCAAGCCUUUUUCCAUUCCACCUAUGAAAAGAGGAAAUUUCUGCAGCCUGAAUAUAAAUAACUUACAUCUUGCAAAAUGAACAAAAUGAUCCUCUAAAAGGAGGAGAUAAAUGAAAUAAUAUAAUUUCUGGAGUGUAACUCUC